GCCGUUUCUGUUCUGGGGGGCUCUGCGCUCCGCCCCACCGCUUCCCUCCCUUUCCCCGCUCGCAGACAUGCCUCCUUCCUUGCCGGGGCCCUGGAAGGAGCUGCCCGCCUGAAGCCCGGAGCCGCCGUGCAGCGCGCAGCCCCGCCGUCGCCCGCCGGUUCUCGGGCUGCGCUGCGCUGCCGACUCAACUUGGGGCUCUUCCGCUGCUCGCCGCCGCCACCCGCGGUCCCUGCCUGCCCCGGGCCCCGGGCGCUGCCGCCGUGCGCCUUCUCUUCGCCCUGCCGGAUCGGCUGGAUCGUGUCUGAGCAGAAAGCAGCCCUUCUCUUUCCGAGAGGAUCGUCUCUAGAGUGGCUUUGCAUCCCCGGUCACUUUUUGAGGUUUUCCCGGGGGCGCUUGGCAGCAUCCCGGAUUCCUGAGGGACCGGUUUCCGAGCGUGGGGGAUCCGUGUGGCGGGCCGGCCGAGAAAGCCUCCAGGCUUAGCGGAGCCUCGCUCGGAAGCAAGAACUUAUUCAACAAGUUUACCCCCCUGCUUUUCUCUUUUCGAUGUGCGUUUUCGGACAUGCGGAGGUUACUGGAACCGUGUUGGUGGAUUUUGUUCCUGAAAAUCACCAGUUCUGUGCUCCAUUAUGUGGUGUGCUUCCCGGCAUUGACUGGAGGCUAUGUGGGGGCCCUGCAGGAGAGCAGACAGGGCAGCUCCGUGCAGAUCCGCAGGCGCAAGGCGUCCGGAGACCCCUACUGGGCAUACUCGGGUGCCUAUGGUCCUGAGCACUGGGUCACAUCCAGUGUCAGCUGUGGAGGCAACCAUCAGUCGCCUAUAGACAUUUUAGACCACCAUGCACGUGUUGGCGAAGAAUACCAGGAGCUUCAACUUGAUGGAUUUGACAAUGAGUCCUCUAACAAAACCUGGAUGAAAAACACAGGGAAAACAGUUGCCAUCCUUCUGAAAGACGAUUAUUUUGUGAGUGGUGCUGGACUGCCUGGCAGAUUCAAAGCUGAGAAGGUGGAGUUUCACUGGGGCCACAGCAAUGGUUCAGCUGGCUCGGAACAUAGUGUCAAUGGCCGGAGGUUUCCUGUGGAGAUGCAGAUUUUCUUUUACAAUCCAGACGACUUUGACAGCUUCCAAACGGCAAUUUCUGAGAACAGAAUAAUUGGAGCCAUGGCCAUAUUUUUUCAAGUCAGUCCGAGGGACAAUUCUGCACUGGAUCCUAUUAUCCAUGGGUUGAAGGGCGUCGUACAUCAUGAGAAGGAGACCUUCCUGGAUCCUUUCGUCCUCCGAGACCUCCUGCCCGCGUCCCUGGGUAGCUACUACCGGUACACAGGCUCCUUGACCACCCCGCCGUGUAGUGAAAUCGUGGAGUGGAUUGUCUUCCGGAGGCCUGUUCCCAUCUCCUACCACCAGCUUGAGGCUUUUUAUUCCAUCUUCACCACGGAGCAGCAAGACCAUGUCAAGUCAGUAGAGUACCUGAGAAACAACUUCCGACCACAGCAGGCUCUGAAUGACAGAGUGGUGUCCAAGUCCGCUGUCCGAGAUGCCUGGAACCAUGACCUAGCCGACUUCUUGGACAACCCACUAGGGACAGAAGCCUCUAAAGUUUGCAGCUCUCCACCCAUCCACAUGAAGGUGCAGCCUCUGAACCAGACAGCGCUGCAGGUGUCCUGGAGCCAGCCAGAAGCCAUCUACCACCCGCCCAUCAUGAAUUACAUGAUCUCGUAUAGCUGGACCAAGAAUGAGGAUGAGAAAGAGAAGACAUUUACUAAGGACAGUGACAAGGACUUGAAGGCCACCAUUAGCCAUGUGUCACCUGACAGCCUUUACCUGUUCCGAGUCCAGGCCGUGUGUCGGAACGACAUGCGCAGUGACUUUAGUCAGACGAUGCUCUUUCAAGCUAACACUACCCGAAUAUUCCAAGGGACCAGGAUUGUGAAAACGGGAGUGCCGACAGCCUCUCCUGCCUCUUCAGCAGACAUGGCCCCCAUCAGCUCCGGCUCUUCUACUUGGACAUCCUCUGGCAUCCCCUUCUCAUUUGUUUCCAUGGCAACUGGGAUGGGUCCUUCCUCCAGUGGCAGCCAGGCUACAGUAGCCUCUGUGGUCACCAGCACACUCUUAGCAGGCCUGGGCUUCGGUGGCGGUGGCAUCUCCUCCUUCCCCAGUGCCGUGUGGCCCACGCGCCUUCCUACUGCAGCGGCAGCCAGCAAGCAGGCAGGGAGGCCAGUCCUUGCCACUACCGAGGCCUUAGCUGCUCCCGGGCCUGAUGGCGACUCUGCUCCUACAAAGGACAACGAGGGUGCAGAGGAAGGGGAGAAGGAGGAGAAGAGCGAGAGUGAGGAGGGAGAGCGGGAGCACGAGGAGGAGGGGGAGAAGGACUCUGAGAAGAAGGAGAAGAGUGAGGCCACCCAUCCAGCGGAAGAGAGGAACCAGACCGCUCCUACCCCCACGCCUUCUUCCCCUCACAGGACUGCAGAGGAGGGAGGACAUCAGACUAUACCUGGGCGCAGGCAGGACCCCUCCGCCCCUGCAACAGACCAGCCAGGCCAUGUUGCCCCAGACUUGGAUCCCUAUGAGGACACAGCCACCCAAGUGCCCCCAACAGCCACAGAGGAACAUUAUUCAGGGAGUGAUCCCCGGAGGCCCGAAAUGCCAUCUAAAAAGCCUAUGUCCCGAGGGGACCGAUUAUCUGAGGAUAGCAAAUUCAUCACUGUUAACCCAGCCGAGAAGAAUACCUCUGGAAUGAUAAGCCGGCCCUCGCCGGGGAGGAUGGAGUGGAUCAUCCCCCUGAUUGUGGUCUCAGCCUUGACCUUCCUGUGCCUCGUCCUUCUCAUUGCUGUGCUCGUGUACUGGAGAGGGUGUAACAAAAUAAAGUCCAAAGGCUUGCCCAGACGCUCCUGUGAAGUGCCUUCUUCUGGGGAGAGAGGAGAGAAGGGGAGCAGAAAAUGUUUCCAGACUGCUCAUUUCUAUGUGGAAGACAGCAGUUCACCUCGGGUGGUCCCCAACGAAAGUAUUCCUAUUAUUCCCAUCCCGGAUGACAUGGAAGCCAUCCCUGUCAAACAGUUUGUUAAACACGUCGGUGAGCUCUAUUCUAAUAACCAGCAUGGGUUCUCUGAAGAUUUUGAGGAAGUCCAGCGCUGUACAGCUGAUAUGAACAUCACUGCAGAACAUUCCAAUCAUCCAGAUAACAAGCACAAAAACAGAUACAUCAACAUUUUAGCAUAUGAUCACAGUAGGGUGAAGUUGAGACCUUUACCAGGAAAAGACUCUAAGCACAGCGACUACAUCAAUGCCAACUAUGUCGAUGGCUACAACAAAGCGAAAGCCUACAUUGCCUCCCAGGGACCCUUAAAGUCGACAUUUGAAGAUUUCUGGAGGAUGAUCUGGGAACAAAAUACAGGCGUCAUCAUUAUGAUCACAAACCUUGUGGAAAAGGGGAGGAGAAAAUGUGAUCAGUAUUGGCCAAUGGAGAAUAGCGAGGAGUAUGGAAACAUUAUUGUCACACUGAAGAGCACAAAAGUCCAUGCCUGCUAUACUGUUCGCCGUUUUUCAGUCAGGAAUACGAAAGUGAAAAAGGGCCAGAAGGGAAACCCCAAGGGGCGUCAGAACGAGAGGACAGUGAUCCAGUAUCACUACACACAGUGGCCUGACAUGGGAGUUCCUGAAUAUACUCUUCCCGUCCUGACCUUUGUGCGGAGAUCAUCAGCAGCCCGGAUACCAGACAUGGGCCCAGUGUUGGUGCACUGCAGUGCUGGUGUGGGCAGGACAGGCACCUACAUCGUAAUAGACAGCAUGCUGCAACAGAUAAAAGACAAAAGCACAGUCAAUGUCCUGGGGUUCCUGAAGCAUAUCAGGACACAGCGCAACUACCUCGUCCAGACUGAGGAGCAGUACAUUUUCAUUCACGAUGCCUUGUUGGAAGCCAUUCUCGGAAAGGAGACUGAAGUAUCUUCUAGUCAGCUGCACAGCUAUGUUAACAGCAUCCUCAUCCCAGGAGUAGGAGGAAAGACACGGCUAGAAAAGCAGUUCAAGCUGAUCACACAGUGUAAUGCAAAGUAUGUGGAAUGCUUCAGUGCCCAGAAGGAGUGUAACAAGGAGAAGAACAGGAACUCCUCCGUUGUACCGGCUGAGCGUGCUCGAGUGGGGCUUGCACCAUUGCCCGGAAUGAAAGGAACAGAUUACAUUAAUGCUUCUUACAUCAUGGGCUAUUACAGAAGCAAUGAAUUCAUUAUAACCCAGCACCCUCUGCCACACACUACGAAAGAUUUCUGGAGGAUGAUUUGGGAUCAUAACGCACAGAUCAUUGUCAUGCUGCCAGACAACCAGAGCCUGGCAGAAGAUGAGUUUGUGUACUGGCCAAGUCGAGAAGAAUCCAUGAACUGUGAGGCCUUUACUGUUACCCUUAUCAGCAAGGACAGGCUGUGCCUCUCUAAUGAAGAACAAAUUAUCAUCCAUGACUUUAUCCUUGAAGCUACACAGGAUGACUAUGUACUGGAAGUUCGGCACUUCCAGUGCCCCAAAUGGCCGAACCCAGAUGCCCCCAUAAGCAGUACCUUUGAGCUGAUCAACGUCAUCAAGGAAGAGGCCUUAACACGGGAUGGCCCCACUAUCGUUCAUGACGAGUAUGGAGCAGUUUCUGCAGGAAUGCUAUGUGCCCUUACCACCUUGUCCCAGCAGCUAGAGAAUGAAAAUGCUGUGGAUGUCUUUCAGGUGGCAAAAAUGAUCAAUCUUAUGAGACCUGGAGUAUUCACAGACAUUGAACAAUACCAGUUUGUCUACAAAGCAAUGCUCAGCUUAGUCAGCACGAAAGAAAAUGGAAAUGGUCCCAUGGCAGGGGACAAAAAUGGUGCUGUGCUAACUGCAGAAGAAUCAGACCCUGCCGAGAGCAUGGAGUCUCUGGUGUGACUGGACCCCAGAGGGCGCUUCAUUUGUAAACUUCUGAGACUUGUAAAGACAGAACUUUUUUGAGGCCUUUUUUGCCAGACUCUAGGUUAUACAAUAACCCAGUUACUUUUUUACACUGAUAAAAGUUUUGAUAUUUAUUUUUUGCCAUUUUAUGUCUUAAUGGUAUCCUACUGAGCAUUUGCACCUGUUCAUUUCACACAGUGAAACGCAAGUUUACUAGUUUGCACUAUAUGAUCAGUGUUACUGCCUAUACUCUAACGCUACAGCAAACCCUGAUGUGACAUUCCAUGACAACAUACAUGCUACUAUUGUCUCCGUGCAGUGAAGGUCUUUGUUAUGACAGUGAAUCUCAGUUUUGUUGUUAUUCUAAAGCAACUGCAUUUCCCUCGCAGGCAGCCCUGUCCUUCCUCAGUCUCCCUCAACUUUUAGGCACUGUUCAAUACUACAUGCCUUCUGUUUUCAUGGAGUGGAUGGGCAUUGUUUCCUUUUGCAGGACAGCAGGUUAAUGGGAGCCCCUAAGAAGUCUGUUAACGUUAGUUCCAUUUGUAGUGGUUGAGGAAUCCGCUAAGAAGAGGGCUUAAGAGUUGCUUCGUGUGAACAUCUCUUAUUAGUUACCAAGUUAUAUUCACAGUUGAAAUGUGUCAAAAUAAAGAAUCAUUCUGUAUUACAGAUUUCACAGUAGCUAUGUGAACAGUGUGUGUUAUUUCCAUUUUGACUCUCUGAAGUAGCUACACCCUAAAAUCAGGGGUGUCUUUUACAAUGGAAAGGUGGCACUAUUUCAUACAAUUUACUUAUGACACCCUUUAGUUAUCUCCACGAAGGCUUUUUGGUAUAUAGUACCAUACCUCACAGUAGCUACAACGACAGGAAAAAUAGGUAUUUAAAUUUAAAUUUAGUAUUCAAAAACCCCUACUAACUACUCCUAUAGCAAUCUAAUAAAAAAAAAACUACCUAUAGACAGCGUUCUUUUCUUCCUUUUUUUUGCCAAAUGUUUUGUAAUCUCUUAAUUACAUAAUACUCUACUUAAGAUUGAAAUGGAAAUAUAUUUGGGACUAAAUUCCUACAGAUGAAUUGGUCUUAUUUGGAGAGAGAAAUUUGAGUCUUAAAGAGAAAAUUCAGUUUUUGAAUGAAAGGUGACGUCUCCAUUUUAGAGUAGGUUUAAUGAGGAGAGUUGUGGAUAUUCAGGAGCAGAUGCUCAUCUGUAAGGGUGACAAGAGUCAUUAGUCAGCGCUAGGUCUGGCUGGAGCUGCUUUCAGCCCAUAGUACAUCAUGGGAAAACUGGAAGCAUUAUUAAGAAAUUUCAUUUGAGUUUGUUUAAAACAAAACAAAGCCCACUGUGCUAUUCACCAAGAUCUGUAUCUUCCUUUUCCUGUCUCCUUUCUGUCAGACUUGAAAUCAUCCCCCAAGAUUGGGCCCAUGAAGAACAGGGUUUGAUUUCCUUAUUAUGCCAGGAGCUUGACCAUGAUGCCCUGUGGCUGCCAUCACUAUUGGGGCGGCAUUGCCGCAGGAAUGAGGCUUUGUUCUUCUUGAGUUGUUUUUCUGAAGCUAGUCACAGAAGUGCUGGAGAACCAGAGCUAAGGAGAGGGUCACAGGCCGAGUCCAAGGGUUUCCGUGCAUGGGCCAGGCCCACGGAGUCCCAUGACGAUAAUUAGUGCAGACUAACCUAAGCUUUUGAGCACACAGAGAACUGACAUGGUGGCUUUCAGGAAUGGUGACCAGUUAAGCAAAGUCUGUAUGGUGUCUGCUAGAUAGCACACUGAGCACAUUUACUAACACACACACACACACACACACACACACACACACACACACACACACACACACGGCCCACCAGAGGUAUCACCCUGCACAAUUCAAAAAAGGACUGACUGUAGAUACAACUCUAGGGCUGAGCGAAAUAAUGAAGGAAAAAGAUCAUGGUAAGAACUAGAAUUUCCUAGCCAAUUAAGCAUUCUUUUUGCUGUACACAGAUCUGAUAUUAGCUGAUGUUCUUCAGUUAGAUGCUCAGUGGUUCUGCCAUUCGGAAUUAACAUUCGAGUUGGAGUUCACAGUCUCACAAUUUUCCCUUAAUAAAAGUAACAUUGUUUAGAGGACAAAUAGCAAGUAUUACUUUCUGUGCUAUUCACACAGGAGAUCCGAUUUGUGGAACUGCAUACUCCUCACAACUCUGGGACUAUCUCUUACAUGCGAAAGAGAAAGGAGGAACGAGGGGUGAAAUAAGUAGACCAGAAAUAAAAUCAAGGGGGAUCAGAGGCUCUCUGUGGGAAGACUGUGUAUCCACAGCAGCCUUGAACCAGAGCCUGCAGAUCCCAGCCUACCCGCCUAUGAGCAGUUACUAUAUGCCCAUUUUGCCAAAGUGGUCCACACACCCUUCACCGAGGAUAGUUACCUUCAGCCGUCCUCAGCCCUCACUUGUACCACAAUUCUUUGCUAUUGGCAAAAAUAUUUUGCAUCUUUCCAGAGGCAGGGUGUUCCAAAGAUGUUGUUUUCUUUGAGACAUAAGCGCAUUGCUUAAGUACGUAAUCAGGUUGUAACCACUUACAGUCAAGGGGAGAGGAUAGAGCUGUUGCUGGAGCUAAUGCUCCUGAGCUAAGCUGUUUGCAUGUAUGAUUUACCUCCAGGGAAAUGAAGUACACAAACCAAACGAAGCUGAAUUGUUAAAAUUAGAUCAGGCGGACAUGCUGGACAUCAAAGAUGUACUAAAGACAUCGAACCAUAAUACCAUCCUUAAUGUUUUUAUAUGUUACCUUCUGAAUUUCAAGAAUAGUACAGUUCAUUCAGUGGUUCUCCUAAACUUUGUGCAAGCUUUGAGAGCCUGUUUGAAUAGAAAAGUCCAGCGGGGUCAAAUGAAGUUAAAGUGUUCAAGAUGAAAGAAGGGUCAUGGUGUUCAAGGUCUGGUUGGUCAUUUUUACCCCAGAGUGACAAUGAAAUCAGUAAGAUUUGUUUUAUAAAGACACAGCACAACUGCCUUCUCAUGACUUUUUCUUAAUUGCAUAUAUAUUUAAAAUUAAAAUAUAGAUACCAAUUUACCAAAGAUACACAUUACUAAUUCUAAGCAAAAAAAUAAAAAUAAAAAAGAAACCCAAAUGCAUCAUAAUUUAAGAAAAAGUAAUCAAAAUGUAGUUGUCUUAAGGCUUUUGCAAUUAAACUGGAAAAUGCAUUUUCAACCCCUAUGUUCUAAAUUUUCUGUUCAAAUGGUGCCAGUAAAUUUUUAUAUGAAGGGGAAAAUGCCUGCUUUUUUUCUUUAUAGCAGCUAUAAUUUCACAUAACCCUUUGCAAUUCCCUUAGUUACCACUCAACACACAAUAUUGGCUUUAUUUAUCUCUAGAAAGAAGGCAUGGUAAAAAAAAAAACAAGAAAUUAUAAUGACAUUUGGCCUCUACUUUUGUCUUAGCUGUUAAAAGGUUUUUAGUAUUUUUGUUAAAUAUUUGCAAAGGGAAGCAUUUUCUACAGAGGAUAAUUAAUUUCAAGAAAUAAUCUUGAGUUUUAAGAAAUAAACAUCUCCAGAAAAGGAGACAGUCAAUUUUAUAAAAUGUCGUAACUCUCCAACAUUUGGGGUAGUGACUCCUUUUUUGUUAAGACAUUUGAAACUAACAAGCAGCCAUUGUUUCUAAAGAACUCCACCUUCAUGCCGACUCGUGUUUCUUUCACUUCAUUUUCAAGUAGCUAAAAUCAUUAAAACUGUAAAUAUUUUGUUGCUUGAGUAAGCAUCUCCUGGGAACUUUGUAUCUAUGGUAUAUAAUCAUAGAAUUUUAUAUUUUCAUAUAAAGCUAAUUUUUUUCUAGUUUCAACUAUGUCCUAGUUUUUUGUUUUAUUUUGUUUUGUUUCCGUGGUGGAUAUGUGAACUUCUGUGUUCUAAAGUAGCGAGAACCAUCUUUGCAUUCCAAAAGAAUCCAGCGUGUGUUCUUCUUUUGAGGCAGUGAUUGUGAAAGUCGGGCUUUCUUUUUAAUUCCAUUGACCAUUAGUGCAAUAGCAAUUAGACAUGACUAGUCACUGAGUACAUUUGUCGCAUUGACUCAUUUUGAAAAAAGUGAUUUUUUUUUUUAAGAUUUGUUCCGUGGGGGCAGGGGUUUUAUAACCUGAAAAUUUUUCCCUUUUUCCUUCUGUUUUAAACUAUAUCAAAUCAUUCUAUUAUAGUGUUAUUUAAUAUGUAAAUUGUAUUGCUAUACAUAAAAUAAAGUAUGGUUUUUGAUGUA